UUUUCUGCCUGUAGUUAACGUGUGGUCAGGAGUCAGGUGACACGUCCUCCUUCACCAGCACUAACUUAAACUAGUUACCUACCUUUAACCAGCUGAAUUUAUUAUAUUUCAUAAUCUCUGGAUUAUAUAUAUUUGUAAAAUGGCAACUUCAGUGAAGCUCCGCAACGGAGCACAGAUGCCGACUGUGGGUCUGGGUACAUGGAAGUCUAAGCCAGGCGACGUGACCGCCGCCGUGAAAGCCGCCGUCGCCGCAGGCUACAGACACAUCGAUGGAGCGUUCAUCUACAAAAACGAGCAGGAGGUCGGAGAAGGCAUCCGGGACAUGAUUAAAGAAGGCGUGGUGAAAAGGGAGGAGCUGUUUAUUGUCAGCAAGCUUUGGUGCACCUUUCACCACAAAUCAGCAGUAAAACCGGCGUGUCAGGAGACUUUAAGUGACCUGCAGCUGGACUACCUGGAUCUGUACUUGAUUCACUGGCCAGUGGGCUUUUUGCCUGGACCUGAAGAUUUCCCAAUGGACAAGGAAGGUUUUACCAUCAGCGAUGGUACCAGUUUCCUGGAGACCUGGGAGGGAAUGGAAGAGCUGGUGGACGCAGGGCUGGUGAAGGCCAUCGGCAUCUCCAACUUCAACCGAGAGCAGAUUGAAGCCAUUCUGAAUAAACCAGAUCUCAAAUAUAGACCUGCCAACAACCAGAUCGAGUGCCAUCCGUACCUGACGCAGGAGAAACUGAUCACCUUCUGCCAGUCGAGGGGGAUCACAGUGACCGCAUACAGCCCUCUGGGUUCUCCCGAUCGACCUUGGGCUAAACCGGAAGACCCGUCCUUGCUGGAGGAGCCGAAGAUCAAAGCCAUCGCUGAGAAACAUAAGAAGACCAGCGCUCAGGUCCUGAUCCGCUUCCAGGUCCAGAGGAAAGUCAUCGUGAUCCCGAAGUCUGUUACUCCGUCUCGCAUCAUAGAGAACUUUCAGGUGUUUGACUUUGAGCUGAGUGACGAUGAAAUGAAGACCAUUUUAAGUUUCAACAGGAACUUCAGGGUUUGUCCCUUGCAGUGGAGCAUCAAGCACAAAGAUUAUCCGUUUAACGCCGAGUACUGAAACCUGAAGGAAGAAGAGUUCACCUCAUCGUGCUGUUAAGACAACGCAAUGAGACUGUUAAAUGAUUCGUUAGAGUUCGUGUAAAAGUUAGAAACAUAGUUAGAAACAUUAGUUAAACGUUAAAGAUCGUUAAAGAUAACGUUCGAGUCUCAACUGUAGAAAGUUCACUGUGAAAACUGUGAAAACGACACACCUAAAAGCACUUAUCUUUUUUUUUCCCCCCACUUGGGUUUAGUAAUUAUUCAGAGCUCACUCCUCUCAUUUCUGCACAGACGUCUGUGUGAAAGAACGUCGAUCGAACGGAAGGAAGAACGAUGAAGUGAGAACAUCAUCACGAUGCUAAUGAAAUCUAAUGAAACACAAACAACGUGUAAUUAAUUCGUUCAUUCAUUAAAGCCACUCCCUUAGACUGAAAAAUCUUUGUAGUUCACUUAACGAGAAUGGAAACGUGUGAAGUGUGAAUGUGAAAUGUGUGAAGACGGAGAUUUAAAAAAAAAAAAACAUUUGUUGAUUUGGUUUGUUUCAACACUCCAUGUGUCUGUUUAAUCUUUGUAUUGUCUUUGUGUGGAUUAAAAAGCUCUAAAAUAAAGCACAUACAUCAAGCA